AUGGCCGACGAAGCAAAGCGGCCGUGUGCUGGCGGCGACUGCAGCAACGAGGCCGGCACGCUGCAGUGCCCGACGUGCUUGAAGCUCGGCAUGAAGGACAGCUUCUUCUGCUCGCAGGAGUGCUUUGGCCGUAACUGGGUCGGCUACUUCAACCCGUACCCCAACUUUCCCUACACCGGCCCGCUGCGCCCCGUCUACCCUCUGUCUGCAAAGCGCACCGUCCCCAAGACGAUCCCCCACCCCGACUAUGCUGCCGACGGCAUCCCCAAGACGUCCCGCUCGCUGCUGCGGCCAAACAAGGUCGAGCUGCUUGACGCCAAGGCUCAGGAGGGCAUGCGCACCGUGUGCCGGCUGGCCCGCGAGGUGCUCGACAUUGCCGCUGCUGCGCUGCGCCCAGGCAUCACGACCGACGAGAUUGACGAGAUUGUGCACAAGGCGUGCAUCGAGCGCGACUCGUACCCCUCGCCGCUCAACUACAACCACUUCCCCAAGUCCGUGUGCACGUCCGUCAACGAGGUCAUCUGCCACGGCAUCCCCGACAAGCGCGUCCUGCUCGACGGCGACAUUGUCAACCUCGACGUCACGCUCUACCACAAGGGCUACCACGGCGACCUCAACGAGACGUACUACGUGGGCGACCGCGCACGUGCCGACCCGGACUCGGUGCGCGUCGUCGAGACCGCCCGCGAAUGCCUCGAUGCGGCCAUCCAGCUGGUCAAGCCCGGUGCGCUGUACCGCGACUUUGGCAAUGUCAUUGAGAAGCACGCCAAGUCGCGCGGCUGCAGUGUGAUCCGCACGUACGUAGGCCACGGCAUCAACUCGGUGUUCCACGCGCCGCCCAACAUCCCCCACUACGCCAAGAACAAGGCUGUCGGCGAGUGCAAGCCCGGCAUGACCUUUACCAUUGAGCCCAUGGUGGCGCUCGGCAAGUACCGCGACGUGACGUGGCCGGACAACUGGACUAGCACGACGAUUGACGGCAAGCGGACGGCGCAGUUUGAGCACACGCUGCUCGUCACAGAAACAGGCGUCGAGAUCCUCACGGCGCGGACAGCAAACUCGCCGGGGGGGCCGAUACCCAUGCCCGAGACCAACGGUUCGGCAUAG